CCCCUCCUCUUCAUGUUUUUUCCCGUUUAUUAUUGAUGUGUUUUCGUUUUGAUCCAGAUUUCCAUCGGUGUCGUGUUGCAGGCUUGCAGCCAUGAUGAAUGGAGAUGGAGAGAGAGCGAGAGGGAGAGAGAAAGGGUUUCCAUAGCGGCAGGCAGGGCGGCUGUCUGCAGACUGCAGUCUGCCUGCCAAACCAAACCAAACCCUCUACCGCUCGUGGUGCCUGCUGCUCUCUGCUCUGCUGCAGGCGGCUGCACCUGCACCCUAAAGCAGCGAGCCUUUUUACCUCUCUUUCCUACCACCCCCGGCCACACCGCGCACACCAUCCAUCUCCUCCACUUCCUUCCUGGGCUCUGGGCUACGUAUUAUCCAUCCGUCUCAGUCACCUCGCCUCCUCCUCCCCCUCCUCCUCCUCCUCCUCGAUUGCGGCCCUCACUCGCCAUGUCGGGGCUCUACAGCCAGGGGUUCUCCCCUGCGCGAAACCUCUCCCCUCAGAUUAGAAGCAAUCCGGACGCUGAUAGUCAGUACCUGGCCGAGCUGCUCGCCGAACACCACAAACUGGGGCCCUUCAUGCAGGUGCUGCCCGUAUGCAACAAGCUGCUGAGCCAAGAGAUUAUGCGGGUAUCAAGCAUUGUGCACAACCAUGGAUUUGGCGAUUUCGACAGGCAUCGGUUUAGAAGUCCUAGUCCAAUGUCUUCUCCAAACCCUAGAGCUAAUCUCCCUGGCAAUGGGUUCAGUCCUUGGAGCGGACUACAAGAGAGAUUAGGUUUUCCUCAAGGAACCAGCAUGGACUGGCAAGGAGCACCCCCAAGUCCUAGCUCCCAUGUUGUAAAGAAGAUUCUUCGUCUGGAGGUUCCAGUUGAUUCUUAUCCGAAUUUCAAUUUUGUGGGGCGCAUUUUAGGACCUAGAGGUAAUUCUCUAAAGCGAGUAGAAGCAUCCACUGGGUGUCGUGUUUUCAUUAGAGGAAAGGGUUCCAUCAAAGAUUCAGGGAAGGAGGACAAACUACGAGGAAAACCGGGCUAUGAGCACCUGAGUGAUCCGCUGCAUAUCUUGAUAGAGGCCGAGUUCCCUGCCAGUAUCAUCGAUGCAAGGCUGAGACAAGCACAGGAGAUUAUAGAAGAAUUGCUUAAACCAGUGGACGAGUCCCAAGAUCUCUACAAAAGGCAGCAGCUCAGGGAGCUGGCAAUGCUGAACUCAACCCUGAGAGAGGACAGCCCUCAUCCUGGGAGUGUCUCUCCAUUCAGCAACGGUGGCAUGAAGCGUGCGAAAACAGGACAGUAGAGAAAACAACUAUGCUCCCAUAUCUGGCCCCGUCGUCAUGGGAACGCCAUGGGCAUGCGUGAAGGAAGGCCAUGCGCCUUCGCUGGCGGAGUCCGGUAUCUUCUGCUAGCUUUCACCUCCGGACAGGGGAAAGAUGAGAUGAGAUGAGAUAGUCGCGGACCCUUGGUUGGAUCCGGCGUUGGUUGUUGUAUGGUCUAGAACAUUCGUUCUAUUUGUUAUUGACGGUUAACCCUAGUAUGUUGGUGAGCUGCAACCUGCAAACUGCAUGGUAAACUAGCUAGAGAGGCCUGCUGAGUAUGUGAGCUUUAGGUCUUUUAUUGACAUUGUAUUAUAACCUUUUUAACAUUAUGGAGUUGCAAAAAUAAAAAAAAAUAAGGGACAUAGCUUUGUGCAUUGUGGCA